CCGCUGAGAGCUGCUGUCAUGGCGGCUGCUCUGUGGGGCUUCCUUUCCGUCCUGCUGCUGCUGCUCUCAGGGGAUGUCCAGAGCUCAGAGGCGCCCGGAGCUGCUGCCGAGGGGUCGGGGGGAAGCGGGGUCGGUGUAGGAGACCGCUUCAAGAUUGAGGGGCGUGCAGUUGUUCCAGGGGUGAAGCCGCAGGACUGGAUCUCGGCGGCCCGAGUGCUGGUAGAUGGAGAAGAGCACGUCGGCUUCCUUAAAGCGAGAUAUGUGAAUUACAUCAAAACAUCAGAAGUGGUCAGACUGCCCUAUCCUCUCCAAAUGAAAUCUUCAGGUCCACCUUCUUACUUUAUUAAGAGGGAAACGUGGGGCUGGACAGACUUUCUGAUGAACCCAAUGGUUAUGAUGAUGGUUCUUCCAUUGUUGAUAUUUGUGCUUUUGCCCAAAGUGGUCAACACAAGUGAUCCUGACAUGAGACGGGAGAUGGAGCAGUCAAUGAAUAUGCUGAACUCCAACCAUGAAUUGCCUGAUGUUUCUGAGUUCAUGACAAGACUCUUCUCUUCAAAAUCAUCGGGCAAGUCUAGCAGCGGCAGCAGUAAAACAGGCAAAAGUGGAGCUGGCAAGAGGAGGUAGUAGGCAGUCCGGAGCUGGCAUUUGCGGACACGCAACACUGGGUGGCAGCCAAGUCUUGAGGGAAAAUUGUGUGAAGCAACUACUGUAAACUUGACUCAACCUGAACGUUGGUCUCCUGUUAACUGUUGUAUGUCAUAACUUUGAGCACAUGUUUUGUACUUGAUACACAAGAAAAUCCAGCUUUCAUCCUUUGUCUGAGGUCAAUAUUGAUGUCACUGAAUUAAUUACAGUGUCCUAUAGAAAAAUGACAUUAAUAAAUUAUAUGAUGUACUAUACAUUAUGUAUAUUAAAAUAAGUCUUAAUCCAAAGAUAAAAUUGUCAUUUUUUUCUCUUAAUGUUUCUUUUUUUUUCCCUUGCAGUUUUCUUCUAUCUUUCAUUAUCUGAGGUUUGAAAUUGACCUUUCCUGUUUAAAAAGAAAUGGUUGGUAUUCUUAGAGCGGCGUGCACCAUGGUUUUUGUGUAGCCCGACCUUUCAAAAUUCUGAGCCCUGUCCCUGCAUUUAACAUUUCCUAAUAUUUGAGGUGGAACCACAUGUUCCUGAUGUAGUUUUAAUUUUUAUUAUUACAGCUAGUUUCAUUUAUAUCCGGACGGAUGAUUUCAGAUUUUUGUUUUUUCAUUGUAGUCUUCAGGUAUGGUGCUAAUUUUACAAAUAAUUGAGUACCAGCUAUGUGCUGAGUUCUGAGGUGGGAUACAAAGAUGGAUGAUAUCCAGUGCCUGUCCUCAGUGGAGCUUAUUAUCUAGGGAGCACAGAUAAUAACAGGAAGUGAACAGCCAGGAGGAAGAGGAGCACAGAUAAUAACAGGAAGUGAUUGGCCAGGAGGAAGAGGAGCAUAGAUAAUAACAGGAAGUGA